UGUUCAUUUCGUCGUCAAAUUUCCUCGUAACUCAAUGUCUUGAGGAGGAAAGAUUGCGAAGCGGCUGUCACUCAACACAGAGUACCCUGUCAGUCAGGCUUCACCAGCCACGCCUAUUUUACACUCGGAAUACCCAUGAGACAAAACCCGCUAGUCAACUUAAAGACGACGCUGUUGCUCGACAGUGGCAACAUGGCGGCCAAGUAUUGGCUUGGUAUUGCCAUCUGCUUGUCUGUCGUAUCCGAAUACAGCUGUCAGCGUACCUGCAGUCUGACUGCUGGCCGUCUACCAAUUUCUGUCGGAUACUGUACUGAUGAAGACGGCAACCGGAUAGCUGCAAAUCUUCAAUCCAGACUCCCCAGCCGCAGUACAUGCAGAGUUACCUGCCUUGAGGAUGCAGAGUUACGGUUCCUGAUCUGUGACGACGGGACAUGGCAUAUGACACCCAAUCUUUGCAAUGGUAUGGAGGAUGUCCAGCUGGUACCAAGACGACGUCAAAAACGUUGGCUCUGGAUACCAAUAUUAAUAAUAGGGUGGUGGGGAUCAAGACCAGGCCCUCCUCCAGACCGAUCUCCUCCAGUGGUCACCUGUCCAAUGGAUAUCCAUAAGUUCUCAGACCCAAUCCAAACAAGCACUAAGGUGUACUGGAACGACGACGAUGCGUCAGCCUACGACAACAAAGAUAGACAUGUUGCGGUAAGACGGGCGAGCAGGAAGCGGUCCGGGUACUUGUUUAGUGAAGGAAGUACACCCAUCAGCUACACAGCCAGAGACAGUGCGGGGAACAUGGGCACAUGUGUGAUGACAGUCACUGUGACAACCAUCAGAUGUUCACCUGGGCCAAGCAAGACCUUCAGGAACGGUUACUAUGUCUGCCAUCCAAGCGCCGACUUCGUCUACGGUACCAGCUGCAACUACGGCUGUUACUAUGGUUACACGAUAAAGGGUUCAAAGCGCAGAGAAUGCUGGCAAAGUGGCAAAUGGUCAACGACGUUAGAGCCGACCUGUGAAACUGUCACGUGUCCACCACAAUCCAUUGCACCUGACGCCACGUUUAUGUGCACCGAUGGCACUAACUUCAAGAGCGCAUGUUCCUACACGUGCAAAACCGGAUAUGACGUAAAACCUGGAAAGUCACGUGUCAGAGUCUGCGCAUACGAUGGUCAAUGGCGAGGUGCCGUUCCGGAAUGUGUAGAUUCAGAACCUCCAAAGUUCACCAGCUGCCCUAGCGUUGAGACUUAUUACACAGAAAGGAGCUCAUCCCUGGCUUUAGUUGACUGGGAUGUUCCCACCGCCACAGAUAACAGUCAGGAGUCCAUCACGCCUAUACAGACCUCUGGUAUAUCUAACACAGACUAUCAUCCGGUGGGUGUUUAUGAAAUCAUUUACACAGCAAAGGACAGCGCCGGAAACGAGGCCAGGGAAUGCAAGUUCAAGGUUGUGGUCAAAGAACUGAAAUGUUUCGCCCAAUACCCGCUCCCCUACAUGAGGGUGGACUGUCCCGACGGCUACCGGCACGGGUCUACCUGCAACUUCAGCUGCACCGGUAACUACAUCUUAGAAGGUGCAAAGGAGACCACGUGUGAAUUAGCCAACUCUGACAAUGGAGUAUCCUACCCGUACUGGGACAUGUCCUCACAACCCUCAUGCAGUGUGUUUGACACGUGUCGAGACUUAACGCCACCUCACAACGGAGCUUUGGCAUGUGACAUAUGGGAAGAUGGCCAUUUCUGUCAGAUGCAGUGCUCGCGUGGAACCGACCUGACAAGGUCAACAGCAUUCUACGGGAACCUAAUGGUAUGUGCGGAAUCUGGGGACUGGAAGAUCAGUCAUCGUACUAUUGAUGACCCACUACCAGCUUGUACAAUAUCUAGAAGACCAACGGACACAAUAAUGCCAGUACAUUUCUAUUACGAUGGUCAAUGCACGAAGGAAGAUGCCCAGGAGCAAAUAAAAACAAACUUCCAGGAGGUUUUCAAUCAGAGUCCUUUCCGAGAAAUUAUCGGACAGACAGGGAGGACGACUGCCAAUGUCAAGGUGACCUGCGGCUCCUCUGAUCAUGGGAAGCGAAAGCGAGAAACUCGUGUGACAGUGCAAGUUGACAUCCUCCUGGCCCUCGAUGGCGACGCGUCCAGAGAGACCUUUAAGGAGGCAGAGACAACUCUUCUGAAUCUGUACAGUCACAUUACUGAUGACAUAAAGGGCGACAACUCUAAACUGUUUCCUCAGCUCAGUCAGGAAGUCCGAGCUGAGAUGGCUAUAGGAAGGCCAACGGUUGACCUGGAGUGCCCUCCUCAUACCUUCCCAUCGUAUAAUACAUAUAGCUGCGUUGGCUGCGGUGAGGGUCUAUACUACUCCGAGGAAGACAACGGCUGUGAGGAAUGUCCUACUGGAACUUACCAACCCGAAGCUGAAGGUUCUGGGUGUGUCCAGUGUCCAGACGGAAUGACAACCUUACAAAAUAAGACUACAACCGUUGAUGGUUGUCUUCCAAUGUGUGGACUUGGUCAUUUCUCAGCAAAUGGUGUUGAGCCUUGCUCACCGUGUGGUCAAGGACAGUACGCUGACCGCCUUGGUUCUACAGAAUGUACAGCCUGCUCGGGUAGCAUGACCACGGUGUCCCAAGGCUCAGAAAGUGUCACCUCCUGUCGACCGUUUGACGUGGCUAUGUCUCCUUCUCAAGCCGCCAAUGCUCAGCUCAGAGUCGACACAGAAGAUUUUGAAAUUCAAAACGGAUUUGAACUUCGCUUUUGGCUGACGUAUCAAUCAGCAGGGGACGUCAUCUCUCUGACACAUGGAGAUAAGGGUAUCUUGUCUGUCUCCAUCAGCACUACAUACGGAAUGCAACUAGAGGUUAACGGGACAGUGCUGGAUGUGCCAGGCCUUGUCGCCAACCAGUGGUAUCAGACAGAUGUUAGCUACAUCAACCAUCAACUCUCCGUCAGUGUGGAUGGGGUUCACAGUCGCUCACAUUCUGUAUCUUUUGACGCUAACGAUGCUCAAAACAUUUUAGUUUCCAUGGGUGGUGCUGGUUUUGAAGGGGGUGUCUCCCAGCUGAACAUGUGGCGGUCCCCCCAGAGUGUCGUUUCACCACCGUCACACACGUGCUUCCUGGGAGACGUCGGAGACGUCAUCAACUGGGACGUCUUCACAUCCGCAAACCAGUCUGAAUCGUUUAUACAGAUCCCCAGUGAAUGUGACGACACAGAUGAAUGCCUAUCCUCACCUUGUAUCCAUGGAGAUUGUAACGAUGAGCUGAAUAGCUACACGUGUACCUGUCAUACUGGUUACCAAGGCGACAACUGUGACGUCAAUAUAGAUGACUGUGUGGAGAACGAGUGCACUAAUGGGGGCACGUGUGUCGACGGUGUGGUGGAAUACACGUGCAGGUGUACACCUGAGUACACAGGGCAGUACUGCGAUGCUAAUUUAGUUCACGGACAAUGGACCGGAUGGGGUAACUGGACAGAGUGUACCACGUCAUGUGGACCAGGGGAGAGAACUCGCGCCAGACGUUGUGAUAACCCACAACCACAGAAUGGCGGAGACGACUGCGAGGGUUCAGAAACAGAGGUCGGGCUCUGCAAUACAGGAGAAUGUCCAGUCUGUGCAGAAGUAAGUGCCCCUGAUCACGGUGAUCUGGAAUGCAGGGAUGUCAACAGUACAAGACUGUGUGAGCUGAAAUGUGACGACGGCUAUGACUUCGACCGACCUCCGUUGUCUGUCUAUAAGUGUGGGCAGGAGACGGGAUACGAAUGGAGUUAUGUUACUGAGGACAACCCAGAUGGACGAUUCCCCAACUGUGUCGCAAUAGAGAAUGCUGAUGAAUUAGAGGUAGAAUUCCAGGAGGAGUAUGAAGACCUGGAGUGCGUAGAUGACAACGAGGCUGACCGGAAGUCUAAGGUUUUACUGCGCGCCAGAGAAGAAACCAACUUGUUGCCUUGCAUCAACGAUAACACGUGUUAUAUCAAAGACAUACGUGUACCUGAUUGUGAUGCUCAACGACGGCGGAAGAGGGAUAUCACUUUCAUGGGAUUUAUCAUAACCCUUGGUGCUCAUCCGUCUGAAAAUGGCCUACAAACGUCAGUCGAGGGACUUCACACGGCCGUGAAUCAACUGAACUUCUCCGCGUCAGCUGGGAACUUUACAGUGAAGCUGGAUGGCAUGAACUAUUUUCUGACAGGAUCCCCGACUAUUGUCGGCAGCGCCACAUGCCGUGCUGGAUGGACCAGAGUUGAAUUCUACUGCAUUCCUUGUGGUCCUGGAACCUUCUAUAUCAAUGGCUACUGUGAACGAUGUGACAUUGGCCGCUACAGCAACAUCACGGCGGCGACAUCUUGUCAUGCAUGUCCCAAGGGCAAGUCCACACCCGGGAGGUCUUCCUUGAGUAUAGAGGAAUGUACAGGUACGAUGCAAUACACUCAGUGGUUCAUUGUGUUUACCACGUAAAUCAGUCACCCGUGAAUACAUUGGGCUUGUGAAAUAUGAAGCGUAUCUACGAUUUGCGUGCAUGCCUCAAGGAAGUAAAUAAAAAAAAUAUAAGUAAAUCGCAUGAAAUGUGCGAUCCCUACGAUUGCCUGAAAGGGAAGCAAUAAGUAGGCUGUGGCACAAGAAAUGGACAAUGCAGGAUUUGUCAGGAAAAUGUGAUUAUCACAGCACGUAGAGUAAGAGAG